AUGGUUUUACGCUUAAGAUUGCUAAGGCCUCUGUUCUACCGUCCCUUGUGGCCACAACGUAGAUUAUCAUCCUCUCUUAUUAGCAAAUGCGAGAAUGACCUUUUAUCAAUUAUUGCCGAAUUACCUGAAGAUUCAAAAGCUAUACCGAAAAUCGCGAAUUUGAUUGUGGCUAUGGUGAUGGAUUUUGAGGAGGCAAAGCAACGUGAAAUAAUGGCUUUGUUGGAGGAAAGACGACAAGAAACGAAGGAGAUGACGAAGCAUAUGAAGGAUCUUGAGAUUGAUGUCAAAACGCGCACUGAAUCUCUUUUACGAUCAAGAAGGAUGUGUAACGUGAGAGGUGCUUUGGAGUUCAUCGGAUCAACGAUUCGGUCACAGGACAAGACUAUCUCGUUUCGCGAACCUACAGACAAUAUUUUGAUGGGGCUGACUAAAGAUACAAAGUUUGUAUCAAUUUUACAGCAAACAUGCUCACUUAAUAAUUUUCAAUACAAGGAUGUCGAAAAAUGUAUGGGUGGUCUCUAUCACACUGCAUCAAAAAAGUUGCACGGUCACGAAACUGAUAUUGAAAUUAAUGCGCGGGACUGGAGUGUGAAUGAA